AGAACAAACAACCGGUAGAACCGAAACGGUGGUUUCGAACUCAGUUCGAUUCUUACUCCUGAGCGAUCGCAACCCGUUCUAUUCUUCUAACCGUUCUCGCGGACUAGUUCGAAUUUUGAAAAAUGUUACCGCUACUCAGGCACAGAAACCGGACCGCGAGCAGUGAAGAAACCCCAGAAAAUCCAGAACCGGAUUCCCCGAAACACGAAUCGAUGAACGGUUCUCGGCUUGGCAGAGGUCGGGGUGGCCGACUCGCGAUCUACGCUGGAAGUCUUGUGGCCCUCCUGCUCCUGGUGAUCGCGUAUCGCGCAGCCGUCUCGGAGAUGGCGAGGCUGCGAGAAAUCCACGUCCAGUGCCUCCACGACAAAGAAACUUUGGCUGCGCAGUUUCAAAUGAUAUCCGAGUACAAGAUGCGCAUCGAGAAGGAUCUGGCGGAUGAGAAGAGUGCGAACGCUGCCGCCAAACAGGAACUCGAGCAUCGGGCGACGAUGGAGAAAUCGCAACGGGACCAGGACCUCGUCGAAGCGAAUCAUAGGUACAACUCUUUGCAGCAGGAGUUCAAGACCAUGGAGGUAGAAUACAAGGACUUCCGGGACGAGUGUGGGACCAGCCAGAAACAGGCGUCCGAGGAAAGGACCAGGCUCGAAAGGACCUUGGAGGAGCUCAAGGUCGAGGUCAAGCGGGCGCAGGACGACAGGGACGCGGCGAAGAACACCCUCGAGAACUUCAAGAACAAGUAUCUUGCCGUCGAAACCGACAAAGACAGAUUCGAGCAUAUGUACAACGAUGUGGUUAGGAACAAUGACGUGGUGGUUAUGGAGAAUCAGAAACUCCAGAAACAUGUUUACCAGCUCGCACAUGAGCUCGACGAAAUGAAGAGAUUCUGCAGCGGCGGUCAACCCGCCCAUCAGGGUGACCCGAACGAAACGGCGGCGAAGGAGGCGGAAGGAGGUCAAGACGCUGGAGGAGCGAUGAACCUGGCUAAACCGCCGGCUCCGCAACAGAGCACGUCGACGACGACGCUGAGGGUGCAGGCAGCGCAGGUCGGCGACGGUUCCUCGAAGUCGAGUACGAAGGGGUCGACGCAACCUGGAGAAAAAUCGUCUCCUGGUGUUCGGAAGGUGAAACUCCCCGCCGGAGUUCCGCCCAUCCCGAUGUUCGAGGCUGAAAGAAAUCCCGCGGCUACGAAUGAAGGGAAGAUUGAAAACGGCCGAGGAGAUGCCGCCGAUGUUCCAUUCGAGGAGGAAAAGCCCCUCGGCCCCGUCGUCGAUAACCAGGUCGCCAAUCCUCCUCGUUUACCCGCCGCACAACGUCAUGCCGGGGAACAGGCCCAACCUCGGCAGGAGAGCUGGGCCCGACCCCCCAAAGUAGCCCCGGGCGUCCAGGAAAUUGGCGACGAGUUGAGCAACAGGGAAAAGAUACCAGGGCUCGAGGAGACGGGAAUUCAACAAAUUGCUGACGGUGUUGAGUACGGUCAGUACGGUGGUGAUUACGAGAAGGAUUCACCGGUGAAAAAUAACGAUCUACACUUGGAAGAAGGAGAAGAAGAGGGAGAAGAUGGAGAUGACCCGUUGGACUAUCCGAUACUCGAAGGAAACAAUCUCAAGGCUGGAAAGAAUCCGGAAUGAGAAGCAACAAGUUAAGA